GUGUUCUGUUCUGCUUUGUGUUGCUGAGGAGGAGGAAGCAGUCGCGAGCUCCUGGUCAAGAUGCGCUCAGAGGAAGUGCAUAUGAAAAAGGUUUAAUUUUGCGCAUAAACUCGACAAUUUCUAAAUAAAUAUCUCUAAAAGGAGACGGGGAAGACUUUCUCCACAUGAGCCGCAGAGCCGUGCUUGGCUGACAGUGACAUCAUCAAGUGAUUGGAUAAAAGGAUAAAGAAGACUUUCAUUAUUGAUUUAUUUGUUGUUUAUACAUUAAACAACUUAAGGACACAGCUGAAUAUAAUACAGUGUAUCCUGGAAGUGUUUCACUGUAGCACAGCUACAGAUUUCCAAACCAAUCAUUUCACAGGCAAUGACAACUGUUUCUUAGAUGCUCUUGUCUCUCGCUGUUUGCCUUAGCAAUAUAUAUAGACGCUUCCCAAUGUUCAGUUCGGACAGACUCACCGUCUCUGAGCGGGUCAGCCGGCUUCAACCGCACAGAUCGACCUCUGACCCCAGGGCUGUUUCACCUGGCCUUCAUGUCGAUGUCCAGGCUGCGUUGGACAGAUCUCUUCCAGCACUGCGGACUGCUGUGAAAACACUCAAGUCCUCCAGAGAAUCCGAAGAUGUGCCAAAGACUCGGCAGGCUAUCGCUGAAAUAUUCCAACUUGUUGAGGAGGCCUGGGUUUUGCCUGCGGUUGGCCGGCAAGUGGCAGAGCAGAUCUGCAACAGAAUACGACUGGACGGAGGUCUUGAGUCACUGCUGCUGCUACUGCGGACUCCUGCUGAGGACAUCACGUAUGAGUGCGCCAAGCUGCUUGAGCAGAUUCUGAUCUCAGAGAACAGAGACUAUGUAGCACGCAUGGGUCUCGGUGUGAUUCUGAACCUGACCCGUGAGCAGGAAGAUGCCCAGCUUGCGCGGAGCAUCUCAGGCAUCCUGGAGCACAUGUUCAAGCACACAGAGGAGACGUCGGCCCAGCUCAUUACAGACGGAGCCCUGGACGCGUUGCUGUUCUGGUGCCGGGGUACAGAUCCCACGGUGCUGCGGCAUUGUGCCGUGGCUCUGGCCAACUGCGCCAUGUAUGGUGGGCACCGGUGUCAGCGCCUGAUGAUCGAGAAGCAGGCAGCUGAGUGGCUCUUCCCGCUGGCCUUCUCAAAGGAGGAUGAGCUGAUCCGAUUCCACGCAUGCUUGGCUGUGGCUGUGCUCGCCGCGAACAGGGAGCUGGAGAGCGAGGUGGUGAAGUCAGGCACGCUGGAGCUAGUGGAGCCGUUCAUCGCCUCGCUCGACCCAGAUGAGUUUGCGCGCAGCCUACAAGAUAGCGCCGACAGCGUUCAAGGACGCACCGCUGCUGACCUUCAGCACCUCUUGCCCCUUCUGGAUGGGACGCGGCUCGAGGGCAAGUGCAUCGCUGCUUUCUAUCUUUGUGUGGAGAGUGGCAUCAAGUUCCGGCAGCACAACAUCAGGAUAUUUCAGGAGAUUGGGGCAGUUCAGAGUUUAAAGAGGAUCGUCAUGUACUCAAGCAAUGCCACCACACUCUCUCUGGCCAAAAGGGCCCUCAGGAUGAUGGGUGAAGAUGUUCCACGCCACAUAAUGUCCUCUGUUCCUAACUGGAAAACAGUGGAGGUACAAACGUGGCUGCAACAGAUUGGCUUUAGUGCCUUCAGUGAUCGAUUCCAGGGGCUGCAGGUGGAUGGUGACCUGCUACUUAACAUCACUGAGGAGAACCUGAUUAAUGACCUGGCCAUGACCUCUGGGAUCACUCGCAAAAGGUUUAUGCGAGACCUGCGGGUACUGAAGACUUAUGCUAACUACUCCAUGUGUGACCCUAAUAAUCUGGCCGACUGGUUAGCAGACAUAGACCCACGGUUCCGUCAGUACACCUACAGCAUGCUGCAGUCCGGUGUGGGUCGUACCAACCUCCUCCAGAUUACGGACGAACAGCUGCAGCGGGACUGCUGUAUAGAGAACGGAAUCCACAGGGCUCAGAUCCUCGCUGCUGCCCGCCGGCCUGCCAGGCCCUGUUUCAUUGAUUCACAGUGCACAGGUCCAGAUGUGUUCAUCAGUUACCGGCGCACCACUGGAUCACAGCUUGCCAGUCUGCUGAAGGUGCACUUGCAGGUGCGUGGCUUCAGCGUUUUCAUCGAUGUGGAGAAGCUGGAGGCAGGCAAGUUUGAGGAGAAGCUGAUAAGCAGCGUGCAGCGAGCGCGUAACUUCAUCCUGGUGCUGUCAGCCAACGCUCUGGACAAAUGCAUGGGUGACACUGGCAUGAAAGACUGGGUUCAUAAGGAGAUUGUCACCGCCCUCAAAGGAAAGAAGAACAUUGUUCCUGUCACCGACAACUUUCAGUGGCCUGAUCCCAGCUCUCUUCCUGAGGACAUGCAAGCCGUCCUCACAUUUAACGGCAUCAAGUGGUCCCAUGAGUAUCAGGAAGCCUCAAUAGAAAAGAUUCUUCGCUUCCUGAAGAGAGGCUCCAGUCAAGAGCAGCUGGACAGCUCAAAGACCUGUAUGGAGCCAGAGCAGAAUGUUCCUCCAACCACUCAACAAUGUUGAGCUUUCCCACUUAUCAUAUAAGAUAAGAUAAGAUAAUACUUAAAAAAAAUAGGGAUGCCUGCUAAAUAUGCACACAUCAGUGACCGAACUACUAACUGUUAAUGCUACUAACCUCUGAUAGGCCAGUUCUAUUACUUUAUGUGCUAGGAUUAAAACGAGUGAUACAUGGAAGACAGACAGUACUGUAAAGCUCUGUAAUCUUUUGAUCCUUAAUAUGUCAUGUAAAGCUAUCACUGCUUAAUCACUCAGGAAUCCAAAUACAGUGUCUAUUCCCAACCAUAUCUAUGUAAUCUACUAUUUGUCCCUUUUCAUCAUAAACUCAGCAAAAAAAACCCCAAAAUGUCCUCUCACAUUCACCUGCAAUAUGCAACAUGCAAUAAGGAGUCCCUGAACAAUGGGGCGGUCAAUAUUAAAAGUAACAGUCAGUAUGUGGUGGCCUCCAACUGCUUUAAGUACUACAGACAUAUCCUCAUGGACUGCACCAGAUUUGUCAGUUCUUGCUGUGAGAUGUUCCUCCACUCUUCCACCAAGGCAUUUGCAAGUUCUCCAUCACGUCCUGGGGGACACAUGGUUACAUGUAAUUUUCCACUGCAAGGACGGUCAGCUGUCCUUCCUGUCUCCCUGUAGCACUGUCUUAGGCAUCUUACAUUACAAACAUUGCAGUUUAUUGCUGUGGACACAUCUGCAGUCCUCAUGCCUCCCUGCAACAGGCCUAUGGCAUGUUCACGCAGGUGAGCAGGAACCCUAGGCAGCUUUCUUCUGGUGUUUUUCAGAGUCAGUAGAAAGGUCUCUUUAGUGUCUUAACUUAUUGUAACUAUUGCCUUGAUUGCCUAGUGCCUGUAAACAGUUCGUGUCUUAAGGACUGUUCCACAGGUGCAUGUGCAAUAAUUAUUUAUGGUUCAUUGAACAAGCAUGAAAAACAUCAUUUAAACCCUUUCCAAUAAAGAUCUGUAAAGCUUAUUUGGAUUUUACAAAAUUAUCUUUAAAAUACAGUCUCCUGAAAAAGGGACAUUUUUUUUUUGCUGAGUUUAGACAAUGUUACUUAAUCAGUUUAAAAUCAGACCUGGUAACAUACUGCAGUAUGUGGUAUGGUUGUUCACUUUCUUGAAUUGUUUCUUGUACUGAAUAUGAUACAAGGACAUUAAUGCUGAACACCUGAUCACUACAUAAAAACAAGUCAUGUAAUUGGGUUGAUGUAUGAAAAUAACUGCUACGAUACCAUACCUGGUCAAAUUAGCAUGAAACUCUAACUUUCCUUUUUGUUAUACAGUUGAAACAAUGCCCCUUUGCAGAAAUUUGUUCAAUUUAAAAACAUGAAACCUAUACAAGCUUUCAAACACAUUGUUACUUCGUUACACAAUAAGUGGCUACUUGACUCAGACCUAGCUACAAUAUCACAUGCAGUAUUGCGGAAAUAAUAAUUAGAUCUUGUCGCCACAACCCAAUGUACAGUUGUGCACCUGUAGGCAAAUUCUAUAUUUGCUGUUAUAUACAGCAUCAUACACUCUUCACACAAUCACAAUAAGCUCUUAAACACCUACAGUAUCAGUGAUCUUAACAUUUCUUACAGUGUUCAUAGCUUUACCCUCUUCUGAGCUGCUGCCUUAAUAUUUAAAGAUCAAGUUUAUAUAUUAAAUGUAUGUUUGAUGUAGAAAACCACUGAGAGAACAGGCCAAGUUAUCAGGAAAUAACUGCACAAUAUUAACUUUCUGUUAAUAGGAAGCAAAUACACUUUUAUUUCAACUGUAUCAAUGUAUUGUUUCCUUUUGUACCUACUGCAUACAGCCAAUACUUGCUGAGUUACUCUCUGAAAAUGUCCCUACUUCUCUGAACUUGUGGAGAACUGGGAAUUCUCACAAGGUACUGAUCUAAUCAGACUAAGUCGGAACGGCAGAUGAUCGUGAUCCAUGUUGCUACCAUAAGAACAUCCCCAGCGAGUGCGAACCUUUGUGAUUGUGUUUUUUUUUAGGAGACCUGUGUCCUGUGUUGAGACUGUAGCUGUUAUCCGAAACUCCUUAAGGGACUUCAGGCCAUGCUCUCAGACCCCGUGUAACUCUGUAUUCCCAGACUGCUACGGCACUGUUACGCUGUUCAUGAGUCAAUAUCAUGGAAUAUUGGGUAAUAUGUAAGCAAUAAAAUAGGAUAUGGUGUGCUGUUGUAUGAAAAAAAAUCUUCUUAUCCCAUAGCAACUUACUAACAUUUUAAAUAAAAUGAUCGUAGUAGUUAUCUGUUUAUAAUUACACUAUAUGGUUAAAAGUAUGUGGACACCUGAGUACUAAACAUCCCAUUCAAAAACCAUGUGCAUUAAUAUGCUAGAACAGGUUUGUGGCAACAGUUUAGGGAAGGCCCACAUAUGGGUGAGAUGGUCAGGUGUCUACAGAAUUUUGGCCAUACUGUGUGUGUGUGUGUGUGUGUGUGUGUGUGUGUGUGUAUGAGAAACAUGUACAUCAAUACUUUAAGAUUUCUCUUCAUUGUACUCAAGAGGUUAAAUGACAACAUGUACAAACUGACUCACUGAUCCUAAGCUUAUAUCUGCUGUGAGACAUCUUGCUAGCCAACAUGAGUGCAAAGAUCACAUCCAUAAUGCUGGAAUUGAUUAUAAAAUAAUAAUAAAAAAAAGACUAGUGCAAUUUAUCGAAAUCCCAUAGCCUUCUAUUAGACGUACAGCUGUUCAAAAAAUAUAAAAUGUCAAAAGUCACAGUUAAAACUGCUUAACUGUUAAUACAGUUAAAGUACCCAUUAUUCCUUUAUAUCACACAUCAUGGGAUUUCUACUGAAAAAAAAAGUUUCAUCAAAAUGUUCUGAGCAGUAAACAUAGACAUUUUGCAUAAAACAGAGUCUGGGACUGAGAUGGUUGUCUUUUUUCUCUUUUUCAAGGUCAAGGAUUUUGCACAGCCAGUAUCAGUUCACUGCAGCUUCUCCAUUAAUGAUCCUCCUCUCUCUGAACCACAAGGCCCUGAGAAGUUAAAAUGACACAAAUAUACAUCUGAACGGGCAUGAAACGGUGCAAUGAUUAUACCAAACAAUGAUUCAGGCAAUUUUACAGAGUUCUGCAUCAGAAUCAGAGCAUCUUUAGAGUACAAUCUUAACCAGACCAUAAUCACUGAGGGGAAACAAACUGCUUGGUUAAUUUCUGAGCCAAGGUGGAGUCUGACCUCCCUUGUGAUCUUACCCAAUUAUUCCAGCAGGAAAGAGAAGGAGCAUGG